AAGGGGUUCCAGGCAGAACAGGACGUGAAAAGGUGAGAAGGAUGGACCUGGCAACACCACUGCCUGCUGAUGAGGACUGCACUGAGCAUCUCUGUCCACCCAGGUGAACAACACCGCCUUCAACCGGGGCAAGCUUCGCAAUGUGGGGUCCUGGGAGGCCAUGCAAGAAGAGGACUGGGACUGCGUCUUCUUCCACGAUGUGAACCUACUGCCAGAGGACAACCGCAACCUCUACAUCUGUGACAUCUUCUCUGCCCACGUGUCUGUGGCCAUCGACAAGUUCAACUACAAGCUGCCCUACUGAGGCUAUCUUGGAGGGGUGUUUGCCCUGCGUCCAGUUCACUACCUCAAGAUAAAUGGCUUUCCCAACACGUACUGGGACCGGGAUCGUGAGGACAAUGACAUCGCUGCCAGGCUGGAGCUAAACGGGAUGCUCCUCUCACGACCCCAUCUGCUCUUUGGCCGCUACCACAUGCUGGAGGACGGGCUGGACCACAGCCAUGAGCAGAGUCCCAAGAGUCCUGGCUUCCUGGCCGAGAUCCAAAGCAGGUGGCAACAAGAUGGCGCGAACUCACUGGGCUACACGCUGCUCUCCAAGGAGCUGCAGCCUCUCUACACCAACCUCACCGUGGACAUCACCGUCCCAGCCCCAGGAGCCCCAGUGCCAAGCUGAGGGUUAUCUGGAGGCUGGAACAGAAUCCCUAAGAUGGGCUGCAGGGAAGCCCUCUGACUUGCCUCACCUGGUUUCUUA